ACUCACAUUCUCUUCCGUAGAUUCUAGACUGGGACCAAUACCACUGACAUUGUCCCCUCCCUUCAAGAAUUUUUUUGGGGAGCUGAGCUCCGCCCUCUGCCGCAUCCCAGGUAGGAACUGCCUGUAGGCGUGGCCAUAGGGGGCACAGACCGCUGCUUCCAGUUCCCACCCCGCACACCUGUUGCUGCUGAGAGAGAGGAACGUUGAGCUAGGUGCUUGCUGAUCUCCUGGCCGAGCUGUAGCCAUGCAUAUCUGCAUUCCAGUCACAGAGGAGCUGCAGGACACACUUGGGUGUCGCUUUGUGCUCUAUUCCGUGUACCUGGAAGGUUUCCUCCUGUGUAAAGUGCGAUACAAAGACCUGCACCUAUGGAAUGAACAGAUUUAUCGAGUGUUUGGAAAUCGACUGCCAAAAUUCCCACCAAAAUAUUAUCUAGCUAUGACCAAGGCUAUGACUAAUGAAAGAAGAUUGCAGCUCGAGCAGUAUCUACAACAAAUUGUUUCAGACCCAGUGGUUACCAGCAGCGAGAUUUUCAUGGAGUAUUUUAAGAAAUUACAAAUGGACACAUUUAAUAUGCCCACAGUACAGCUCAUCCUACGAAUAUACAUGCCAGAUGGAGCAGCAGUUGAAUUAGAUGUACAGACUUCAGACAGUGCUGAGAGGGUGCUUGAGGCUGCAUUGUUCAAAUUAGGUGUAUCCAGAGAGUUGGGCGAAUAUUUCAGCCUAUUUAUUACUCACAAAGAAGCAAAGGGACCUUUCACAGUUUUAUCUUUAGUAGUGAAACGAAUUGCUGGGUUUGAACUUCCCUUCCUAACGAUAUGGAACCUAGAGGAUGAUCAGUUCCAGAUUGAAGUCAGAAAGUGGUAUAUGAAUCCCUCAAAUGAUGCAAUGCUAAUGGGCAGUACUGAGGCUAUUGAUUUGCUAUAUCUACAGGCUGUUCAAGAAUUUCAAAUGGAAUGGACCAGGCCAACAAAGGACCAGCAGCAGAAACUCCAGCACUGUUUAAAACAACAAAACAAAUUAAAGUUUUUGGAGCUGAUGAAGACGGUGGAAUAUUACGGAUACCUACACAUUACCUCUUGCACCAGUGACUACCCAGAAUGUGAUUCCGAAGUCACCAUAUGGGUUGGGAAUAAUGAAAUGAGUUGCCACUUUUACUCUCCUGGUGGCCAUGCCGAGAAUUUAAGAUUAAGCAUUAAGGAUUUAAUUUGCUGGAAUGUUACCCUUCUCCAGCCCAAGAAGCAAGAAGUCAUGUCUCCCAAUCACCAGCACUUGGAGUUGAAGUUUGAUUACCAGCAGGGGUCUUCAUUGAAAUGCAUCACCAUACAUACAGAACAGGCAUUCUUACUCAGCAGUUGCUUAAAAAAGAUGUUAUCUGAGCGCCCUGUCCAUCGAUGCAAGGAGGAGCUGGAAAUUGUAGACAAAGCAACAUGCAAGUCCAACAUAAGGCCUGAGCAGAAUGGAGUGCACGCUAAAAAGCAGGCGUUAUUAAAGGACAAGCGGGAAUAUUGUGUGGUAGAUAAUAUUUCUGAUCUGGAUCUGUAAUACCGUGACACGCUCAGGUCCUGCCUCCAGAUCUGUACAUCUCCCUUCUGCCCCCCCAUGGAGUGCUUGGAUCCCUUAUUACUCCUUAUGUAAUGACUUCAUAUAGUUACAAAUAUAUUUUUGUACUUGUUUUUCUGAGAUAAAUAUUAAAACAAAGUGUAUUGUCUAUGUCUAUAGCUUCACAUUAUUGUGUGACUCUUUUUUUGGGUUCUGACCCAUAGGUUAAGAAUUCCUGCUAUAAAUAUGUAAAUUCCUUUCUAUACAGUGUUUAUUGGAACUGUCUGUAAUAAAAUGUGUAUUUUGUAAGCAA